GUGAGUUGGAGCUUCCGAUAUUUGCUGUAAAAUGGCUGGAAAUCGGGCAGAGGGGAAACACGGAGCGGUCUGAGAUGUCUUGGAUCCGUGAAGGAGAAUUAAGCCUUCUUGAAAGGCUCUCUGCCAACAUCUUAAAGGCAGGACCGAUGCCCAAACACGUGGCCUUCAUUAUGGACGGGAACAGACGUUAUGCGCGUAAGAAACACGUGGAAAGACAGAAAGGCCACACUCAGGGCUUCGACAAACUGGCUGAAGCUCUUCGAUGGUGUCUAAACCUGGGCAUCCACGAGGUAACAGUGUACGCUUUCAGCAUAGAGAACUUUAAACGCUCCAAAGAGGAAGUGAAUGGCCUGAUGGAGCUGGCUAAAGAGAAGUUCCUCCGGCUGCUCGAUGAGCAAGAGAACCUCGAGAAGCAUGGGGUGUGUAUUCGGGUAUUGGGAGACCUCACGCUACUUCCUGAAGAUCUCCAGCAUGUCAUUGCCAAAGCUGUGGUUUCGACUAGAGCACACACCAAGUGUUUUUUAAACGUUUGCUUUGCGUAUACAUCACGCUAUGAAAUCGCAAAUGCAGUCCGAGAGAUGGCCUGGGGAGCCGAGCAGGGCCUCAUAAAGUCCAGUGAUGUAUCAGAAGCGCUGUUAAGCCAGUGUCUGUACACCAGCAACUCUCCCAACCCUGAUCUCCUCAUCCGCACUUCUGGAGAGGUGCGCCUCAGCGACUUCUUGCUCUGGCAGACGUCUCACUCUUGCAUAGUGUUCCAGUCUGUCCUGUGGCCAGAAUACUCUUUUUGGAAUCUCUGUGAGGCAGUUUUGCAGUACCAGCUGAACUACCGCUCUAUUCAGAAAGCACGGGAGCUGCACAAAGAGGCUGAAACCGCGCAGCAGCUGGAGUCCGAUCGUUCGUGUGUAGCCGAACUUCUUCGGCAGGGCAGAAACGGCAAGCCCAUAGACGCCCACUCUCGUCACUCAGCACUGCUAAGCUAUACGGCUGGCCGAGAGGAGCGAGUGAGCCGCUUCCUCAGCGCCCUUCAACAGAAAAGAGACAAUUUCUUUGAGCAAAUGAGCAGCCUGACUGCUGUUGCUUAAACUUUGAUUGUUAAAAAUUAUCCAGUCCUGAAUCACUAACUGCUUCCAACUUGUCUGAUAUAGUUUGGUGGCUAAUUCCGAUCCCAUUGGUUGUGUCAAAUCAGAGAAGCAUUGUGUAGGGCUGUGGUGCUGAGUCCAACAUGGCUGCCUGUAGAUGUGGUUCCAAAUCCCAAGAAAGUAAGAAGAUUUUUUAUAAAUUAACAAAUUUGUACAUAGUUUCGACAACACGGAUGAUGUACCCCGUUUUAUGGGGAUUUGAGCUAUUCAACUUUGUCUUAAAGAUGGUUCUCAAAACUAGGUAUUUAAAACUAGAUGUCAACAUCGAUUUUAACAUCUUUGAGGUGUGCGAGUUAUGAAUGUGUAGCUCUAAUAUGUCACUAUUGAGCUGUGUCUUGAAUCACAUACCUGAAUUUCCUAUUUUUGAUUAUUUUUAAAUCUUAACCCUUCUGAACACCUUUGGGAUAAAUGUCAACACUGACUACACCCCCAGACCUCCUUACUUUAUAUCAGUCCCUGACUUUACUAACACCCUUGUGGCUGAUAAACACAAAUGUCCACAAGCACACUCCAAAAUCUAGUGGAACAUCUUCCCAGAAUAGUGGAGGAAAUUAUUAGAGCAGAUCGGGAUAAAAUGUGGAAUGCGAUACUCAAAAAGCACAUACCAAACUUAUGACCAGGUUUCCGCAAACUUUUGGCAAUAUAGUGUAUGACUUACAAAGAUUACAUAAAAUUCUUGAAUUGCAUUUUAGGAAACUGGUUUGGGAGUCUAAGAGCACUGGUUAUGGUUGGCAGGGAUGGUGUAUUAUCUUUCAGCUUUCAGUCAGCGCAACAUGGGCAUCUGUGAGCAAAAUAAUUUAGAAGAAGGCAGAUGGUUCUUUACUCUGAGUGUGACCCGGCAGGAGUUCGAAAGGUGCAGUGGUUUUACUUGUGUCACAGAAAGUAUGCUUUCUUUUUCGCCAUCUCUGGUUGUUAGGUUCCAUGUUAUGGGAGAAAUAGCUGGUGAGUGGGAGAAGGUAAAAUGGCAAAUUGGGCAAAAAUGGGGUAAAAAGAAAGAUGAGAGAUGAAAAAGCAAGGGACAAGGGUCAAAACAUUCAAACAAAAGCCUGAAAGGAAAAAAUAAGUUAGAUCUAGUGCAUUGCAAAACUGAAAAUCACAGUAUAUCAGGUACUGUUGGAAUGACAUGAGUGUUACAGAUCUAGAACACACUUAUGUUUGUAUUUUUGUUAGUUUCAUUCCAAUUUGAAUCAAGCUGCCUCAUUAUCUUGAAUAUUUGGAUUGAAUGAGUCCACUUAAAAAGUAUGAUUUACAUGCUAUUAUUUUUUCUUUCUUUAAAGAUUACUACGUAGUACAUGUACUAUUUUGCGAUUUGAGACACAGCUCUUGACCAAGUUAAAUGGACACCAUGGUUACACCAUUAGUGGAACUUUUGCUUAGUGAUUUUCUAAGCAAACCAGUGCUACUACAUCCUCAAAGGGCUGAAGACAUUGGACUGCUUGAGAUUACUGUGACUACAUGUGUAUUUAAAGCCUUGUUUCUCUUACAAAAUAAAAGAUUUUAAAACA